AUGGUUUUGGGUUUUUGGGGGUGCCUGACCGUGGUUUUGGGUUUUUGGGGGUGUCUGACCGUUGUUUUGGGUUUUUGGGGGUGUCUGACCGUGGUUUUGGGUUUUUGGGGGUGUCUGACCGUGGUUUUGGGGUCCCCAGGCGUGGAGCUGGGCAAGCCCACCCAUUUCACGGUGAGCACCAAGGGCGGCGGCCGGGCAGCCCUGGACGUGCAGGUGACGGGGCCGGGCAAGGGCGAGGCCGUGAGGGACCUGCAGGUGACCGACAACCAUGACGGCACCCACACGGUGACCUACACCCCUGUGCAGCAGGUAAAACACCCCAAAAACACCCCAAAAACACUGGAGGUGGGCAAGGCGCAGGAGUUCACGGUGAAGGCCAAGGGCGCGGGGGGCCAGGGCAAGGUGGGCGCCCGCAUCCUGGGCCCGGCGCGCAAGGCGGUGCCGUGCACGGUGGAGCCCGGCGCCGCGGCCGAGAGCAGCGCCGUGCGCUUCGUGCCGCGCGACGAGGGCCCCCACAGCGUGGAGGUCACCUACGACGGCGUGCCCGUGCCCGGCAGCCCCUUCCCCGUCGAGGUGGUGCCGGCCACCGACCCCUCCAAGGUCCGUGCCUUCGGCCCCGGUCUCCAGGGGGGCCUGGCAGGGGUUCCGGCCCCGUUCACCAUCGACACCAAAGGCGCCGGCACGGGCGGUUUGGGGCUGACCGUGGAGGGGCCCUGCGAGGCCAAAAUCGAGUGCCAGGACAACGGCGACGGCACCUGCUCGGUGUCCUACCUGCCCACGGAGCCCGGCGACUACAACAUCAACAUCCUCUUCGCCGGCGCCCACAUCCCGGGCUCGCCCUUCCGCGCGCCGAUCCGGCCGAAGUUCGACCCUUCCAAGGUCACCUGCGAAGGGCCGGGGCUGGAGAAGGCCACGGCCGGCCAGCCAGCGCGCUUCCGCGUGGACUGCAGCCGGGCGGGGACGGCCGAGCUGACCAUCGGCAUCGCCUCGGAAGCCGGGGCGCAGGCGGACGUGAGGGUGGAGGAGAACGGCAACGGCAUUUACACCAUCGCCUACACGCCGCGCAGCGCCGGCGUGCACACCGUCACCGUGGAGUACGGCGGGCAGCCCGUGCCGCACUUCCCCAGCACCGUGCGCGUGGAGCCAGCGCCGGCGGCUGUGGAUACGUCCGGCAUCAAGGUGUACGGGCCUGGCGUGGAAGGGAAAGCCGUGUUCCGCGAGGCCGUGACGGAGUUCGAGGUGGACGCCCGGGCCGUGUCCAAGGCCGGCGGUCCCCAUGUCAAGGCCCUCGUGUCCAACCCCUCCGGAAACGUCACCGAGACCUUCGUGGAGGACCGGGGUGACGGCACCUACCACGUGGAGUACACGCCCUACGAGGAGGGCCUGCACAAGGUGGACGUGACCUACGGGGGGGCCCCGGUGCCGCUGAGCCCGUUCCGUGUCCCCGUCACCGAGGGCUGUGACCCCACCCGGGUGCGGGUGCACGGCCCCGGCAUCCAGAGCGGCACCACCAACCAGCCCAACAAGUUCACCGUGGAGACCCGGCGAUUUUCAAAUAUUUUAAUUUUGGGAGGGAGCCCGUUCCAGGUGCCGGUGUCGGACGUGGUGGACGCGUCCCGAGUGUCCUGCGGGGGUCCCGGCCUGACCCCCGGCCACGUCCGGGCCAACGUCCCCCAGACCUUCACCGUGGACACCUCCAAGGCCGGCGUGGCCCCGCUGGACAUCAAAGUCCAGGGCCCCAAAGGCGUGCUGGAGCCCGUGGACGUGGCCGACAACGGCGACGGCACGCAGCGCGUGUCCUACGUGCCGUCCCGCGAGGGACCCUACAGCAUCUCCGUGCGCUACGGCGACCAGGAAGUGCCGCGCAGCCCCUUCAAGGUGAAGGCGCUGCCCACGCACGACGCCAGCAAGGUGCGGGCGAGCGGCCCCGGGCUCAACACCACGGGAGUGCCGGCCAGCCUGCCCGUGGAGUUCACCAUCGACGCCAAGGACGCCGGCGAGGGGCUGCUGGCCGUGCAGAUCACGGAUCCGGAGGGGAAGCCCAAGAAGGCCUCGAUCCGGGACAAUCAGGACGGCACCUACACCGUGUCCUAUGUGCCGGACAUGACCGGCCGCUACACCAUCCUCAUCAAAUACGGGGGGGACGAGAUCCCCUAUUCCCCCUACCGCAUCCGGGCCGUGCCCACCGGCGACGCCAGCAAGUGCACGGUCACUGGACCCGGCCUGGGCCCCACGAUCCAGCUGGGCGAGCAGACGCUGAUCACGGUGGACGCCAAGGCGGCCGGCAAGGGCAAGGUGACGUGCUCGGUGUGCACGCCCGACGGCUCCGAGGUGGACGUGGACGUGGUGGAGAACCCCGACGGCACCUUCGACAUCUUCUACACCGCGCCCCAGCCCGGCAAAUACGUCAUCUGCGUCAGGUUCGGGGGGGAGCACAUCCCCAACAGCCCCUUCCAGGUCAUGGCAGGACCCGGCCUGGGCCCCACGAUCCAGCUGGGCGAGCAGACGCUGAUCACGGUGGACGCCAAGGCGGCCGGCAAGGGCAAGGUGACGUGCUCGGUGUGCACGCCCGACGGCUCCGAGGUGGACGUGGACGUGGUGGAGAACCCCGACGGCACCUUCGACAUCUUCUACACCGCGCCCCAGCCCGGCAAAUACGUCAUCUGCGUCAGGUUCGGGGGGGAGCACAUCCCCAACAGCCCCUUCCAGGUCAUGGCCACGGACCGGCCGCUGCUGGGGGUCAACGGGCUGGACAUGGCCGGGCUGCGGCCCUUCGACCUCGUCAUCCCCUUCACCAUCAAGAAGGGCGAGAUCACGGGUGAGGUGCGCAUGCCCUCGGGCAAGGUGGCCACCCCGGACAUCACGGACAACAAGGACGGCACGGUGACCGUGCGCUUCGCGCCCAGCGAGGCGGGGCUGCACGAGAUGGACAUCCGCUGUGACAGCAUCCACAUCCCAGGUUAGAGCGGGAAUUUGGGGGGAUUUAUGGGAGGGACACCGGGGACACCAGGGACAGUGGGGACAGCGGGGACAGCCACCAGGGACAGCGGGGACGCCGGGGAGGGGGGGCUGUCGCUGGCCGUGGAGGGUCCCUCCAAGGCCGAGAUCAGCUGCCAGGACAACGGCGAUGGCACCUGCUCCGUGUCCUACCUGCCCGUGCUGCCCGGCGACUACGGCAUCGUGGUCAAGUACAACGACAAGCACAUCGCAGGCAGCCCCUUCACCGCCCGCAUCACGGGUGACGAUUCCCUGCGCCAGUCCCACCUCAAGGUGGGCGCCUCGGCCGAGAUCCCGCUGGACAUGGGGGACAUCGGGGACCUGAGCCAGCUGAGCGCCACCGUCACCGCGCCCUCGGGCCGCCGCGAGCCCUGCACCCUCAAACGGCUGAGAGACGGCCACCUCGGGAUCUCGUUUGUCCCCCAGGAGGUGGGGGAGCACCUGGUGCAUGUCACCCGGGGUGGCCAGCCGCUGCCGCGCAGUCCCCUGGCUGUCACCAUCAGCCAGGCCGAGCUCGGGGACGCGUCGCGGGUGCAGCUGCGCGGGCCCGGCCUCAGCGAGGGCACCACGUUCCAGCCCGCCCAGUUCACCAUCGACACCCGCCAGGCCGGUGAGACUGGGAGGAGCCCCUUCUCGGUGAAGGUGACGGGGAGCCCCUUCUCGGUGAAGGUGACGGGCGAGGGCCGCGUGCGCGAGAGCAUCACCCGGCGGCGCCGCGCCCCCCCCGAGGCCAGCGGGACAUUGAAAAUGGGCACAGCCCAGGUCUCGGGCCCCUCGGGGACCCCGGUGGCGGCGCAGGUGCUGCCCGGCGCGGGGGGCACGGUGGGCGUGCGCUUCGUGCCGCAGGAGACCGGGGCGCACCGGGUCAGCGUCAAGGACCGCGGGCAGCACGUGCCCGGGAGCCCCUUCCAGUUCACCGUGGGACCCCUGGGCGAGGGCGGCGCACACAAGGUCCGGGCCGGGGGGCCGGGGCUGGAGCGCGCCGAGGCCGGGACCCCCGCCGAGUUCAGCAUCUGGACGCGCGAGGCGGGGGCCGGGGGUCUCUCCAUCGCCGUCGAGGGUCCCAGCAAGGCCGAGAUCGCCUUCGAGGACCACAAGGACGGAUCCUGCGGGGUCUCCUACGUGGUGCAGGAGCCCG